UGAAUGCAGCGUCAUGCAUCGCUGUGUAGUUUUAAUCAUCGGUAUCAUCGCUUUACGGGUUUUUGGUGGUAAAAUCAAAUCUACUGUGUACACAAACUCUAUAUUUCCACUCAGCCAAAGGUUAAGUUUGAGAUUGUGACUUUAAAAAUCGGUAAAAAUCGGUGUUAAACCUCAAAAUGUGUCCCUGUUCCACAACUCAUCGCGCGUUUUCAUAAUGUUUUUACGUAAUGCAGAAUGCGCCGUUACGUCAGUACCAAUUUGACAAGCAUGAGGCGCAUACUCAGUAAGGAUUUAUUGAGACAUACCAGUUUAUUUGGUAGAUAUCUUCCGUCCCAAACCUCUCUGACAUUUGGCCGCCAGAGUGAUUUUGCACUGAAAUUCACCAGAAAAGCGACGAGUGACCGCACAAGCAUGGACCUGAGUGACAUGAGGAAGAAAUACAAAGGAGACGAGGAGUGCUUCGAGGAGAGUCAGCUUGUGUCUCUGGAUCCAGUCAAGCAAUUUGGAAACUGGUUUGAUGACGCCACAAAGUGCCCUGCAAUUGGAGAGGCCAACGCUAUGUGCAUCUCCACAGCCACCAAAGACGGACGCCCAUCUGCCCGCAUGGUCCUCCUCAAAGGUUACAGCAACGAAGGUUUUAGAUUCUUUACAAACUACGAGAGCCGGAAGGGUAAUGAGCUGGAGAGUAAUCCAUACGCGUGUUUAGUCUUCUACUGGGAGCCUCUUAACCGACAGAUUCGUAUUGAGGGCAACGUGGAGCGGAUCCCCUAUCAGAGCUCUUGUGAUUACUUCCACUCACGACCAAAGAGCAGCCAGAUCGGGGCCGUUGUGAGCAGACAAAGCACUCCUGUUCCCAACAGAGAUUAUCUAAGGCAGAAAAAUGCGGAACUAGAGGAGAAAUACAAGGAUACAGAAGUGCCUAUGCCUGACUACUGGGGCGGCUACAUCGUCAAGCCUUACUUGAUCGAGUUCUGGCAGGGUCAGACCAACAGACUCCACGACCGCAUCGUCUUCACCAAGCCGAAGGACGGAGAGACCGAGCUGGGAGAGUUUCAGCACGCCGCCGAGGGCGACUGGGUUUACCAGCGACUGUCUCCAUGAGAAGUAUGUCAACAAGAUGUCAUAUACAGGACAAGACUGACAUUUCAUCUAGAAUAUGAACUCAUCAUUGAUUAAAAAAAAAAAAUCUUCGUCUUUACCUCAUUUGAAGUUACCGCUCAUGUAGGUGCUAAUGGGAACUAUUUGAUGUGGAUUAAAUAGGUGCUACUGUAACUCACCAACAAGGCCAAACAUCAUUGUGUUUCAUUGAACCUAACAGUGAGAAGUUCUGGUUGUCAGUAAAGGUUUUUCCACUAUAACUGUGGAUAAGAAAGAUGUGAUGCAACCUAACCGCCGUACAGAUUUACAGUUGCCAUGUGUUAUGAAAUGAAAAGCUGCUGGCUGUGUGAUUUACAGGAAGUGCACUGACCGCCACAGGAGAGCAAACUCCAGCUGGUCUUGUUCAAUAAUCAUUGACAGUAAAAGUCGGUCAUUCGACAGCAUUGUCUUGAACUGUUUUGAAAAGCACAAUGUUCACUUUUAAUUCAUUUUUAAUGUUGACAUAAGUGGUAAUACUUUACUUCAUGGAUCUCUAAUUUCCCAAUAAUUUAAUAAGGAAGGUUAUUUGGUACUGAUUAUAAGGAAAAUGGGGGAUUAUUUAGUUGAGUUGAACUUAUUAGCAUUUUUUGAAUUUCCAGAGGAAUUUCCUUGAAAUAAUGGCUCAAUUUAUACGCAAAUAUUAAUCUGUGAUUAUUUUAUUAUUGGAAACUUUAUACUCCAUACGUGUUGACUUGUAUACUUGCCUGUGGACAAAUUUCAAUGCCUAAAAUAUUCUCUAUCUUAUAAUAGCAAUUGGAAGUACACUGAACAGCUGUCUCCAUUUUCCCUAUAAUUAGUUCCAAAUUAUGUACAGUUGUCCUUUCCAGGAACCUUCAUAUGACUUUAAAGUUACAUAAUCCCCUUUUUAGGGAAUUAUAGGGAUAUAUGGCACUUGUAAAAUAAAGUGUUUCCAAAUUAUUCAUAUAGCCUUGACAUCUGACUUAUAUUCAUUAUGUGUUGAUGUAUCUAUGACCGUGGGUCCAACUGCCUUCUAAUAAUGACAUUAAAAGAGCUGAUGAUGUUGAUUGUGCCAACUGUCAUGUGCAUUAUGAAUGUCUUGUACUGUUUGAGAAUAAUAUUGAUGUUUAUUGUUUACUGAUGGAGGAAUAUAUUUUUUUCUGUCUUGAAUUACAGCCAGUAAUAAAGUUUAAUUUGUAACUCA